AACCGGAUGGAGCGUACGGGCAAACGGACGGACCGAUGGACACCGUUCUUCGCCUCACUUCACUUCCUUUGGCUGCAGCUCGUGGUGACAGGAAGAGGAGGAUCGGAUGGGGGCUAUGGACGUUACCGUCGAGCAUGAGAAGGUCCCACCGCCGGGGGCCUCCACGAUCAUACGGCGCAGCCGAGUGCAGCGAUGGUGGAAUGGGAUGCGCACGGGAUUGGGCCGGUCCCGUUUCGGGCUGGACCUGGAGUCGGGAAGAGCUCACUGCUGUCCCCUGCCUGAUCUUGGUUGACCUUUCCGAACAGAAGGAACCGUCUGGACGAGCUGAGCUCGGAAAGUUAGUUGUGAGAACUCUCAGCGAUCUUGACACGUCAAAUCUCAGUCGAGCAGUUUUGGCCUGUUCGAGAACUCAGAUCCUCCGACAGGACGGAGCCGCAUCCGGUGUUCAUCUGUAUAUGAGAUUUGACGUUGCCGCUUCACCCUGGAAAGGCGAUGGAUCGAAGGGGAUUCGAUACAGAGAUGUUAUAUUCGAAGAGUUCCUUCGGUUCUGUCAAAGCUCGGAGCUGCGCUUUCACUGCAAGCUGGAUCGCACCGAACUCCGUACUCGUGGUAAUUAUGGUCUGCUUCAUGGCGUUAAUGUCUCGGCCCGACGCCGGUUGAAGGGUCGAUGUGCAGUACCAACUCUGCCCAGCUGUGUGAAAGAAGUCCAUGAAAUUCAUCAGAGCUCGAGCAGUUGAAGAUGUGAUGGCUGCUCGGGAGAAGAUUAGAUGGUUCUCGACUGCCUGGGCCAACACUCCGAUCCAGGGCAAGAACUAUUUGAAUAGCUCGAGGACUAAAGCAGGAAAUUGCUCAAUUGAUGCACUCUAGAUUUCACUAUGUUCUCUUCAACAUACAUCAAUUUCCAACUGUCACUCUUUCUGGUAAGUAGGCGGAAUUUCACAAAUUCCGUAUAAAAAUUCAAGGAAGGGAAAUUCUUCAAGCUGACAAGUAGUAUCUGAAACUCCCAAUGAUAGUCAGAAAUCCAAACACCGCGCCUGAGGGUCAAUGGCUCCCUUGCCUUCUGUUGGCUCCACUUCUGGUUCUCGAGACUGCUCUCGUAAGUUCGCUGCGCUUUGCUUCAGCAUACAAUUUGUAAUUAACACAUGAGAGUUUUAGAGCACCAUGCUUCAUGAUUGCUCUUGCAUAAGGAGGU